AUGGCUUAUGCAGCAAUGAAACCCACUAAAGCUGGUUUAGAAGAGCCACUCGAACAAAUUCACAAGAUCAGAAUCACUCUCUCCUCCAAGAACGUCAAGAAUCUUGAGAAAGUGUGUGCUGAUUUGGUACGUGGAGCUAAAGACAAGAGACUCAGAACUAAAGGGCCAGUGAGAAUGCCCACAAAGGUUCUUAAGAUCACUACCCGUAAAGCUCCUUGUGGUGAAGGAACUAACACGUGGGACAGAUUUGAAUUGAGGGUUCACAAGCGUGUGAUUGAUCUUUUCAGCUCUCCUGAUGUGGUGAAGCAGAUCACUUCCAUCACCAUUGAGCCUGGUGUUGAGGUUGAGGUCACCAUUGCCGACUCUUAG